CGGCAGCAGCAUCUCGGAGCGGUGCGUUUCAUCUCCGCUCAUUCACUUCACAAAAACCCAAUAAAAACAGAACAAACUGCACGGAAUCACGGCGCGCGCACACCGGAAAGACUUUUCACGCGCUCGCCUUCGCAUUUCUGUUCAAGUGUGAAUGGAAAUAAGCUUGAAAUCUGAAAAUGGACACCUUCUUUGUUGAGGGUGAUGGUGUGUGUUGGAGGGAGAAGGAGCUUUAUCCAUACGGAGAUUCAGAAAACGGCAAGGUGAUGGGUGUAAAUGCUGAUGGAGGAGUUGAGGACUUGUCGACUCUCACUGAGCUCAAUACACAGGCCAUAAUGCACAACCUCUACCUCCGUUACCAUAAAGACCUCAUCUACACAAACAUUGGCUCCAUCCUGGCUGCAGUAAACCCCUAUAAGCAGAUCUCUGGCUUGUACGAUGGCGAGGCUGUACAGCUCUAUAGUAAACAUCAGCUGGGUGAACUUCCUCCUCACAUCUAUGCCCUUGCUAAUGAGUGCUACCGCUGUUUGUGGAAGAGAGCCGACAGCCAGUGUGUGCUCAUCAGUGGGGAGAGCGGUGCUGGUAAGACAGAGAGUACGAAGCUGCUAUUGAAGUUUCUCUCUGUAAUGAGUCAGGGUUCUACAGGAGCCGCAGUGUGUGAGAGAACCAACAGAGUGGAACAGGCCAUUAUACAGAGCAGUCCCAUAAUGGAGGCGUUUGGAAAUGCUAAAACAGUGUACAACAACAACUCUAGUCGCUUUGGGAAGUUUAUCCAGUUGCACUUCUCUCAGAGCGGAAACAUUCAGGGAGGCUGCAUCAUCCACUACCUGCUCGAGAAGAACCGGGUUGUUCGACAGAACCCAGGAGAGAGAAACUAUCACAUCUUUUACUCACUGUUGUCUGGAGCUGAUAAAGACCAAGGAGAUUUGUAUCUCCUGCUGGACUCUGCUGAGGAUUAUCACUACCUCAGACAGUCAGGCUGUGUUCAGGAUGGAAGUCUGGAUGAUAAACAGCUCUUCCUCAGUGUAAUGGAGGCUCUGAAGGUUAUGGAGUUUACAGAGGAGGAAAUCCGUGAUGUGUUUAAAAUGCUUUCUGGAGUUUUACACAUCGGCAACAUUGAGUUCAUGACAGCAGGGGGAGCUCAAAUCACCUCUAAAGGAGUUAUCAGCAGUGUGUGUGAGCUGUUGGGAUUGGACGCAUUUCAGCUGUGUGAAGUUUUGACUCAGCGAUCAAUCUUUCUGAGAGGAGAGGAGAUCUGCUCACCACUAACUGUGGAACAGGCACUUGACUCACGGGACUCGGUUGCCAUGGCACUUUACUCUCAGUGUUUUUAUUGGAUCAUAACUCGGAUCAAUCAAAAGAUCAAAGGAAAGGACGAUUUCAAAUGCAUUGGCAUCCUGGACAUCUUCGGCUUUGAGAACUUUGAGGUGAACCGGUUUGAGCAGUUCAACAUUAACUAUGCUAAUGAGAAGCUUCAGGAGUAUUUUAAUAAACACAUCUUCUCUCUGGAGCAGCUGGAGUACAACAGGGAGGGAAUACAGUGGGAGGCGAUAGACUGGAUGGACAAUGCUGAAUGCCUGGAUCUUAUUGAAAAGAAACUGGGUUUAUUGGCUUUGAUCAAUGAGGAGAGUCGAUUCCCCAAAGGCAACGACUACACACUGCUGGAGAAACUACACAGCCGCCACGCUACGAACCCGUACUACGUCAAACCCAGAGUGACAGACCACCAGUUUGGAAUCAAACACUAUGCUGGAGAGGUGCUCUAUGAUGUGAGAGGUGUUCUGGAGAAGAACCGAGACACUUUCAGAGAUGAUAUUCUCAACAUGUUGAAGGACAGCAGGUUGGACUUUAUCUAUGAUCUGUUUGAGUGUGUGGGCAGCAGGAACGGGGAUGACACACUCAAGAUGGGAACAAACCGGCGCAAGCCAACCGUCAGCUCUCAGUUCAGGGACUCUCUUCAUGCACUCAUGGCGACUUUAAGUGCCUCAAAUCCUUUUUUCGUGCGCUGCAUUAAACCCAACAUGGAGAAGCAUGCUAAUGAGUUUGACCCAGAAGUGGUUCUGAACCAGUUGCGGUACUCCGGCAUGCUGGAGACAGUGAAGAUCCGCAGAGCUGGGUUCCCUGUACGCAGAACCUUCAGUGACUUCCUCCACCGCUACACUGUGCUUCUGAGAGCUAAAAGGAUCACAGGUGGAGAAGACUGGAGGAAAUGUUCUGAUCUCCUCACAGUGUUUGACGCAUCCAGGAAAGAGUGGCAACUGGGCAAGACAAAGGUCUUUGUGAAGGAAGUGUUGGAGCAGAAGCUGGAGCGAGAGCGUGAUGAGGUGCGGAGAGCGGCAGGAAUGCUGAUCCGAGCUCACAUACUGAGCUAUGUGGCAAGGAAGCACUACAGGAAGAUUCGCAGCAGCAUUAUCACUAUUCAAAAGAACUACCGAGCUCACUUCUGGAGAAAAGAGUUCCUGCGUAUGCGCUCGGCCAUCAUCAUCCUCCAGAAACACCACCGAGGACAGCUUGCACGGAGACUAUAUCAACAACUCUGGGAGGAGAGAGAGAGGGAGGAAGAGGAGAGGAGGAUGAGGGAAGAAGAGGAGAGGAGAAUAAGAGAGGAAGAAGAGAGGAAGAAGAAGGAGGAAGAGGAAAAGAGAAAGAGGGAGGAAGAACAGAGAAUUCUGGAGGAGCAGAAGAAAAGAGAAGAAGAGGAGAGACAGAGGAAAGAGGAACAUGAACUGGAACUUUUGCAGAAAAAGCAGGAAGAGGAGGAUCUCAGGAGGAAAAUAGAGCAGGAGCAAGAACAUUUUCGGAAACAAGAAGAAGAAGAGGAGCUCAGAAAGAAGAAGGACACUGACAAUACAUCAUACAGCAGGUAUCAACUGGAAACAAACCAUCAUUACUCCAAGUACUCGUCUGAAGAAGAGACUCGUCAGAUGGAGGAGAUCUUGCGCCUGGAGCGAGAAAUCGAGCGUCUUCAGCGGCAGCGUGAUGAAGGAGUGGCACUGAUGAAUGAAGGUUCUCGUGAGGAGCUCCGUCAACGCCGUGAUGCCGAAAUCUACCGACUGGAGAAGGAGGCAUCACGUGUGGCAACGGAGUUCCUGGAAAUGCUGGACUUUGGAGGUCUGGAGCCAUCGCUAUCCAGUGAAGAGAAUCUAAAUGAGGGUGUGGCGCCGCUAGCCGAGGAUGAUGAGGAUGAAGGGUUUCAGGCUGAGGAUGAAGAGGAAUGUGUCCCACUUCCAGACUUGCCAUCUCCUCCUGCUACUGAGUUGCUGGAUCUAAAUGUGUUGUCCUUAAUUCCUCCUCCACCAGCAGCAUUUUCUCAGGGACGGCUCGAAAGUUCUCCUCUCAGACACAGCACAAUUUUAGAGACAUUACAGAUUCCUGCUUCACCUCCACCUCCUCCACCUCCAGUUUUAUUCACUCAGGGAUCACUCGAUACAUCCAGACCAAAAUCUGCUAAGAAUUCCGACCCGAAAUUUUCUCGUACUCUCAGACACAGCAGAUAUUUAGAGACAUCUCCUUCACCUUCUUCAUCCUCAUUCUCCCAGGAGUCAUCCAGGCCAAAAUCCGGCUCGAAUCCCAGCCUGAAAUCCACUUCAUCCCUCAGAAACAGCGGGAUUUUAGAGCAGACACAGACUCCUGCUACACCUUCACCACCUCCUGGAGAUUACAGUGAAGUACAGAAGGACUUCAGGAAUUGGGAUACAGAGUUGCCAGAGACAGAGUCUGAUUAUGACCAGGAAGAGUAUGAAUUAGAGGAGGCACUGGAGAACCUUACUGAUGGACAUGUCACUGAUGAGGAGGUGCUGAGGAGAUCCUGCUGCACCUACAACAGCAUGGACUCCUUCAGAGGAAGCACAGAGUCGCUUAUCGACAGCGAUGAGGAGAACGAUGAUAAUGCAGAUACAGAUGAAGAAGUUUCCAACGGAAGAGUCAAUCUGCUGAACGGCAGCAAUCCUCCAUACUUCCACAGUUACCUUUAUAUGAAGAGUGGGUUGAUGAUCCCAUGGCGUAGGCGUUGGUGUGUGUUAAAGGACGAGACAUUCAUGUGGUUCCGUUCGAAGCAGGACUCCGUGAAGAGCGGCUGGCUCUACAAGAAGGGCGGAGGAUCAAGCACGCUGUCGAGGCGGAACUGGAAAGUGCGCUGGUUUGUCCUGCGUGAGAAUAAACUGAUGUACUUUGAGAAUGACAGCGAGGAGAAACUGAAAGGAACCAUUGACAUCCGUGCAGCCAGGGAGAUUGUCGAUAACCACGAGAAGGAAAAUGCACUGAACAUCGUAACUGAAGACAGAACAUAUCACAUUUAUGCUGAAACACCGGAAGAAGCCAGCGGUUGGUUCAGUGUGUUAAGUCGUGUACACAGCGCCUCCCCACAGCAGCUGAUGGAAAUGCAGAAUGAACAAGCCAACCCCAAAAAUGCAGUGGGAACUCUGGAUGUUGGGCUCAUUGACUCAGUUUGUGCCUCAGACAAUCCUGACAGGCCGAACUCGUUCGUGAUCAUCACAGCCAAUCGAGUGAUCCACUGUAACGCAGACCUGCCUGAGGAGAUGCACCACUGGAUCGGACUGUUACACAAACCCAGAGGAGAGGCACGCAGCGACGCGCAGGACUUCAUUGUCAGAGGCUGGCUGCAUAAGGAGAUGAGGUCGAGUAUGAAGAGCUCGUCUCUGAAGCUGAAGAAGCGUUGGUUUGUUCUGACAGCGAACUCUCUGGAUUAUUAUAAAUCAUCUGAGCGCAGCUCGUCUCGUCUCGGCACUCUGAUGCUCAACAGCCUGUGUUCAGUGGUACAGCCUGAUGACCGAGUCUUCAAAGAAACUGGUUACUGGAAUGUUGUGGUGCACGGCCGGAAGCACUCGUACCGUCUUUAUACCAAACUCCUGAAUGAGGCCAUGAGAUGGGCAUCAGCCAUUCAGAGCGCCAUCGAUAACAAAGCUCCCAUCGAGACACCCACACAGCAGCUCAUCCGGGAGAUCAAGGAGAACAGUAUGAAUGUGGAGGCAGUGGAGCAGAUGUACAGGAGAAACCCAAUACUGCGAUACACACAGCAUCCCUUACACUCCCCACUACUGCCUCUGCCCUACGGAGACAGCCUCCAUAAGGAGAAAGGUUACUCUAGUCUUCAGGAUGAAGCGGUGAAGAUCUUUAACUCUCUGCAGGAGAUGGAGGUUGUGGCAGACCCCAUCCCCAUCAUCCAGGGAAUCCUGCAGACCUGUCACGACCUCCGGCCAAUCAGAGAUGAAGUCUACUGCCAGCUCAUCAAACAAACCAAUCAUGUGCCUCAGCCACACAGCUCUGCAAGCCAUGCCCACUGGCACCUGCUCACCUGCAUGAGCUGCACAUUUCUUCCAAGCCGAGGCAUCCUGAGAUACCUGAAAUUCCACCUGAAGAGGAUCAGAGAAAGCUUUCCCGGCACAGAGGUGGAGCGUUACGCUGUCUUCAUUACCGACUCGCUGAAGAAGACAAAAGUGCGUGAGUGCGUACCGUCACAGGAGGAGAUCGUCGCUCUGAGGAACAGACAGGAAAUGACAUCAACUGUUUACUGUCAUGGGGGCGGAGCCUGUAAAAUCUCCAUUAACUCACACACUACUGCAGGAGAGGUGGUGGAGAAGCUGAUCCGGGGCUUGGCCAUGGAGGACAGCAGGAACAUGUUUGCUCUGUUUGAGCACAGUGGGAGUGUGUAUCGCGCUGUCGAGAGCCGAGUCAUUGUUGCUGAUGUGUUGGCCAAGUUUGAGCGCUUGGCGUUGUCAGAGCCCGAGUCUCAGUGGAAGCUGUACUUUAAGCUCUACUGUUUCCUGGAUGUAGAGAGCACGCCUAAAGAGGGAGUCGAGUUUGUUUUCAUGUUUGAGCAGGCUCACGAGUCGUUAAUCAGCGGUCAUUUCCCAGCUCAUGAGGACACACUGCGGCAUCUGGCUGCUCUUCGUCUGCAGUAUCUGCAUGGAGAUGCUACGGCAGUGAGCUGGAGCCUGGAGAGCGUUUACCCUCUGAAACGCAUCCACAAACGCAUCCUUCACUUCACCCGAGGACGAGGAGGAGCAGGAGGAACACUAGAGAAGCGCCGUAGCAGCUUUCUGGAGGGCCUGAAGGCAGGAGGGUCACUGAGGAAGCAGCGCAAUGUUCAGGACGAACAGACCAUGAUGGACAUGUGGGUGAAGGAGGAGACGGAGGGCACGAGAGCGAGUAUCAGGGAAAAAUGGAGCCGGCUGAAGGGACUGGAUCAGCAGCAGGCCAUGAUCAAGUACAUGGACAUCGUCACACAGUGGAGCGGGUACGGAUCGGCUCUGUUCGAUGUCGAGUCGAAGUGUGGAGGUUUUCCCUGUGAGCUGUGGUUAGGUGUGAGUGCUGAGAGUGUCUCGGUGUAUAAGAGAGGAGAACCGAAGCCGCUGGAGACGUUUCCGUAUGAACACAUCGUGUUUUUCGGAGCACCGCUGCCGAGCUCGUAUAAAAUCAGCGUGGACGGACGGGACCUGCUGUUCGACACGCCACAGGUUGGUGAGAUCACUAAGAUCAUGAAGGCUUACAUCAACAUGAUCGUGAAGAAGCGCUGCAGUGUUCGCUCCGCCUCCAGUUACGGGCGGGGCUGGGUCAGAUGACGUCCACCGGCCAAUUACAGCCAAGCAGGAAGUCCCAGUGAGGAGAAGCAGGAAGACGUCACAAUGACACACUGUGGGAGACUUUAGAUUAGAUUACAUUAGAUUAGAUUUGUUAUUAACUGGACUGGAACCCAGCGUGAGGUUGAUGAUCGUGUUCAGGACAAACACUGAUACCUUACUGUCCUGCUGAUUCUCAACACUAAUGCUAAUGCUAAUUUUAUUCAGAACAGUGUGUGAACUUUUAUUUAUUUAUUAUCAUUAUUGUUAUUAUUAUUAAUAUUAUUAUUAUUGUUGUUAUUAUUAUUAUUAUUGUGUCAAUAAUGAAAGUAGCAUCAAUGCUACUCAUCACUGUAACAGAUAAACUCGGUCAUUAAUCUGCUCAGCUGCAGGCGGCUGCACUAAAACACACACAUUUAGCAUUUAGAAUUCAUGCUAAAUCAUGUUUUCUUCUUUGUAACUGGACUUACAAACUUAUGUUAAUAAAUUAUUGUGUUUUAUAACUGGU